ACCAAAGAAAGGCGAGAGAUUCGUUCUUGAGGGAGAAAAUGGCGGAAGUGGUUUCACUAAUGGAGGUCGACGACGAUAAUCCAUCUCAAGACAACAAGGGAAAAGCUGUAGUGGCUUCCGGCGGCGGCCCACCACCCCACACCAAAGCCACUCCAUGGGUCGAGAAGUUCCGCCCUCAAUCUCUGGCCGACGUCGCCGCUCAUCGCGACAUAAUCGAUACAAUUGAUAGGCUUACGAGUGAGAACAAAAUGCCUCAUUUGUUACUGUAUGGACCACCGGGAACCGGGAAGACGUCUACGAUUCUUGCUGUAGCUAGAAAACUCUUUGGGGUGCAGAUGCACAACAUGGUUUUGGAGCUCAACGCAUCUGAUGAACGUGGAAUUGAUGUGGUCAGGCAGCAGAUACAGGAUUUUGCUAGCACUCAGAGCUUUUCUUUUGGUGCAAAAGCCUCGGUGAAGCUGGUUCUUUUGGAUGAGGCAGAUGCAAUGACAAAGGAUGCACAAUUUGCUCUUCGCCGAGUGAUUGAGAGAUACACAAAAAGCACCAGGUUUGCACUUAUCUGUAAUAACGUCAACAAGAUAAUUCCAGCACUACAAUCAAGAUGCACAAGAUUUCGGUUUGCUCCUCUGGACCCUGUCCAUGUCACUGAGCGACUUAAACAUGUUAUUACUGCAGAAGGGCUUGAUGUCACGGAAGAUGGUUUAGCAGCUCUUGUACGACUUAGCAAUGGUGAUAUGAGGAAGGCUUUGAACAUUUUGCAGUCAACAGACAUGGCUUCUCAGCAGAUAACCGAAGAAGCUGUAUACCUCUGCACUGGCAAUCCAUUGCCUAAAGACAUCGAGCAGAUAUCUUAUUGGCUUCUGAAUGAGCCAUUUUCAUAUAGCUUUCAAAAAAUAUCUGAUAUCAAGGCAACCAAAGGAUUGGCUUUAGUGGACAUUGUAAGAGAAGUAACUAUGUUUGUUUUUAGGAUCAAGAUGCCUUCAGAUGUCAGAAUACAGCUCAUCAACGACUUGGCUGAUGUCGAGUAUCGGUUAACUUUUGGGUGCAACGACAGGUUGCAACUAGGAUCAGUGAUUGCUGCUUUUACCCGAGCCAGAUCUGCACUUGUUGCUGCAGCAAAGUAGACCAAAUGUUUGAUUGAUAUUUCACCGCGUAAUCGGCAUUGAAGCUUCUAUAUGUUGAACUUGUAGGGAUUCAGAUAUUUUUAGCAUGGCCAUCUUCUAUUAA